UUUCAGAAAUCCCUCAAACUCUUUGUGGCAAUAUUUACUCCGUCAAUGAUGGUUCAGAGUAAUACAGAUCUGAGCAAACCCAUACUUUUUACCAAGAAUGGCAAAGAGAAUUACAGUACUGUCUGGGGAGGACUAGCCACAAUCUUCAUCUUCUUUGUAAUGGUGGUUUACCUAAUUGUUUUGAUAACAAUGCCAUUAGUGGAAAAAACGGUUACAACUACCUUAGAUAAAGGAUCUGAUACCCUGUCUUGAGACAAUACGACCACUCCGACCAAUCCUGGAGGAAACGUUACUACUGAAGAUCCAUACACAUAUGUCUGCAAGAGUUCUACCACCUGUCCUGAACUAGCUGAUACCUUAUGAUCUCCAGGUACAGGAACUGAAGAGACUACUGAUAAAAUCUCAUUUGUACAAUAUUCUAAGGUAAAGAAAAAUGAAGGAUAUUCUCCUGCUUAUACAAGUACUGAAGUUCAUGCUCCUUUUUCUGCUGGCUUUAACAUCGCUUUCAAAUGGAGAGAUCAUACGAAUGGGUAAUAUCUUAUGGAAAAUUGUACGAAGAGCGUCAUCAGAUGGAGGACUUAACAUUGUAGACACACAAGUUGGCACAGUUCCUUGUGAAGCAUCUAUGUUUCCGGCAGAGCUUCAAGAUCAAUUAGUCACAGUUGGAAUUAGUGAUUACAUGUGCAUCGAUCUUGCUGACAUCAGCUCUACAAUCUUGUUAUCUAAUGAUCAUGGUACAAAUUAUAGCUAUGUUGUUUGGCAAGCUGUGAAAUGCUCUGGAGGUUCCUGAGGAUCAGAAUCUAUCUCUGGAACAUAUAUUGACAUGCUCAUGGUUGAUGCAUCCUUUGAUCAUGGUAGCUUAGGAACUCCUAAGAAAUACAUGCUGAACAUGGAUAAUGAGAUCAAGAUUGUAGAGAACGGAAUUUAUCAUUUUAAUUAUAGACUCAGGAAAAAUUAUGUGCUGGAUUCCUCAAAUAAUCUUGACUGGUUCUAUUCAUUAGUAAAAAUUAAUGAAGGGUUCCAGUACGUGUCUAGCUCUGAUCUAUUAGCUGAAAUGAGGAUUUUGGUUGACGACAUGCAGGUUUCUUGGCAGAGAGAGGUUGAAUAUCAACCAAAAAUUCAAAGUCAAUUUAUUAAUCUAGGCGAUGAAUUUUUUGGAGGUACUUCUCAACAAAGAUGAUACUGGAACGUUUAGA